AUGGCGUCCGAGCGGCACCACUCCAUCGACGCGCAGCUCCGUGCCCUGGCCCCCGGCAAGGUCUCCGAGGAGCUCAUCCAGUACGACGCCCUGCUCGUCAACCGUUUCCUCGACAUCCUCCAGGACCUCCACGGCCCCAGCCUUCGCGAAUUUGUCCAGGAGUGCUACGAGGUUUCAGCUGACUACGAGGGCAAGAAAGACACGUCGAAGCUGGGCGAGCUGGGCACCAAGCUCACGGGGCUGGCGCCCGCCGACGCCAUCCUGGUGGCGAGCUCCAUCCUGCACAUGCUCAACCUCUCCAACCUGGCCGAGGAAGUGGAGCUGGCGCACCGCCGCCGGAACAGCAAGCUCAAGCACGGGGACUUCUCCGACGAGGGCUCCGCCACCACCGAGUCCGACAUCGAGGAGACGCUCAAGCGCCUCGUGUCGCUCGGCAAGAGCCCCGAGGAGGUGUUCGAGGCGCUCAAGAACCAGAGCGUCGACCUCGUCUUCACCGCGCACCCCACGCAGUCCGCCAGGAGGUCGCUCCUGCAGAAAAACGCCAGGAUCCGGAAUUGUCUCACGCAGCUGAGUGCCAAGGACGUCGUCACGGUCGAAGACAAGAAGGAGCUCGACGAGGCUCUGCAGAGAGAGAUCCAAGCAGCUUUCAGAACUGAUGAAAUCCGGAGAGCACAACCCACCCCACAGGAUGAAAUGCGCUAUGGGAUGAGCUACAUCCAUGAAACUGUAUGGAACGGUGUGCCUAAGUUUUUGCGCCGUGUGGAUACAGCCCUGAAGAAUAUUGGCAUCAAUGAGCGCCUUCCCUACAAUGUUCCUCUCAUUAAGUUUUGUUCUUGGAUGGGUGGUGACCGUGAUGGAAAUCCAAGAGUUACUCCGGAGGUGACAAGAGAUGUAUGCUUGCUGUCCAGAAUGAUGGCUGCAAACUUGUACAUCAAUCAGGUCGAAGACCUGAUGUUUGAGCUCUCUAUGUGGCGCUGCAAUGAUGAGCUUCGUGCUCGAGCCGAAGAACUCCAGAGUACUCCAGCUUCAAAGAAAGUUACCAAGUAUUACAUAGAAUUCUGGAAGCAAAUUCCUCCAAACGAGCCCUACCGGGUGAUCCUUGGUGCUGUAAGGGACAAGUUAUACAACACACGCGAGCGUGCACGCCAUCUGCUGGCAACUGGAUUUUCUGAAAUUUCUGAGGACUCGGUAUUUACCAAAAUCGAAGAGUUCCUUGAGCCCCUUGAGCUGUGCUACAAAUCACUGUGUGACUGCGGCGACAAGGCCAUCGCGGACGGGAGCCUCCUGGACCUCCUGCGCCAGGUCUUCACGUUCGGGCUGGCCCUGGUGAAGCUGGACAUUCGGCAGGAGUCGGAGCGGCACACCGACGUGAUCGACGCCAUCACCACGCACCUCGGCAUCGGGUCGUACCGCUCGUGGCCCGAGGACAAGCGGAUGGAGUGGCUGGUGAAGGAGCUGAAAGGCAAGCGCCCGCUGCUGCCCCCGGACCUUCCCAUGACCGAGGAGAUCGCCGACGUCAUCGGCGCGAUGCACGUCCUCGCGGAGCUCCCCUCCGACAGCUUCGGCCCCUACAUCAUCUCCAUGUGCACGGCCCCCUCGGACGUGCUGGCCGUGGAGCUCCUGCAGCGCGAGUGUGGCAUUCGCCAGACGCUGCCCGUGGUGCCGCUGUUCGAGAGGCUGGCCGACCUGCAGGCGGCGCCCGCGUCCGUGGAGCGGCUCUUCUCGACGGACUGGUACUUCGACCACAUCAAGGGCAAGCAGCAGGUGAUGGUCGGGUACUCCGACUCCGGCAAGGACGCCGGCCGCCUGUCCGCGGCGUGGCAGCUGUACGUGGCGCAGGAGGAGAUGGCCAAGGUGGCCAAGAAAUACGGCGUGAAGCUGACCUUGUUCCACGGCCGCGGCGGCACCGUGGGCAGGGGUGGCGGGCCGACGCACCUGGCCAUCCUGUCCCAGCCUCCGGACACCAUCAACGGGUCCAUCCGCGUGACGGUGCAGGGCGAGGUCAUCGAGUUCAUGUUCGGGGAGGAGAACCUGUGUUUCCAGUCUCUGCAGCGGUUCACGGCCGCCACGCUGGAGCACGGCAUGCACCCGCCGGUGUCUCCCAAGCCCGAGUGGCGCAAGCUCAUGGAAGAGAUGGCAGUCGUGGCCACGGAGGAGUACCGCUCCGUCGUCGUCAAGGAGCCGAGAUUCGUCGAGUACUUCCGAUCGGCUACCCCUGAGACUGAGUACGGGAAGAUGAACAUCGGCAGCCGCCCAGCCAAGAGGAAGCCGGGCGGCGGCAUCACGACCCUGCGCGCCAUCCCCUGGAUCUUCUCGUGGACCCAGACGAGGUUCCACCUCCCCGUGUGGCUGGGAGUCGGCGCCGCCUUCAAGUGGGCCAUCGACAAGGACAUCAAGAACUUCCAGAAGCUCAAAGAGAUGUACAACGAGUGGCCAUUCUUCAGGGUCACCCUGGACCUGCUGGAGAUGGUUUUCGCAAAGGGAGAUCCUGGCAUUGCCGGCUUGUAUGACUUGCUGCUUGUCACCGACGAUCUCAAGCCCUUUGGGAAACAGCUCAGGGACAAAUACGUGGAGACAGAGCAGCUUCUCCUACAGAUCGCUGGGCACAAGGAUAUUCUUGAAGGCGAUCCUUACCUGAAGCAGGGGCUGCGGCUGCGCAAUCCCUACAUCACCACCCUGAACGUGUUGCAGGCCUACACGCUGAAGCGGAUAAGGGACCCCAGCUUCAAGGUGACACCGCAGCCGCCACUGUCCAAGGAGUUCGCCGACGAGAACAAGCCCGCCGGACUGGUGAAGCUCAACCCGGCGAGCGAGUACCCGCCCGGGCUGGAAGACACGCUUAUCCUCACCAUGAAGGGUAUCGCCGCCGGCAUGCAGAACACCGGCUAG